AUGACACGAGUCAGAUCUCGGUCACCCCCCAGAUCCAAGGCGCUUUCCCCGCCAAGAUAUGCAGACUCUAAAGAGUCCCUCCUGUUACAGCACCCUGAAGAGAGCAGCGAUGACCACUCGAGCGACCAGGAAGAUGGAAAAGACGGUUUUACGAUCCAAAAUCGUAGAACAAGAAAAAAGAAAAAGAAGUCAAAAGGCAAGGACUCCACGCAGAACGUCGAGACCACCGAGAACGUCACCGAAGCCACCCAGGAAGUCGAGGAUUCCCAGAACAUCGAGGCCACCCAGGAAGUCGAGGACAUGGACGAAGACGUCCCAGGCGCCGAAGGCGGGGGCACUACCAAACGUCAGCGGGUUGAAGAGGAUGCCGCCAGCGAAGACGAGCUGACAAGGGCCAACGAAGAAAUCAACCGACUCAGAACCCUGAUGAAAGAAUUUGCAGCAAACGUUGAUGCAAACAACAAAAAAUAUGAAGAGGUGAUCGCACAACAGAAGGCAGAGAUCAAAGAGCUGAAUACGGAGAUUCGACGAAUGAGCGAAAAGAUGGAUGCCAGAUUCGACGAGUUGAUAGCUCUCCAGAAACAACUCGCAAAGAAACCGGAGAAGAAAAACCCCGAAAAGACGGACAAAAAACCACCACUGAAAGACGAACCGAAGCAUCAAAAGGAAAAGAUGAAACUUAACGAGUUUCACUGUGACGUAAUGACGUUAAUUAUGCUUAAGGAAUAA